UUCCGUUAAAUUUCACCCAAUCAAAUUUGAAAAUAUUCAUCGCCCCCUUCCAUGAUCUCAGCGCCAAGAUCAACUCUACCGGAUUUUGAUGUCAUAUUGAGCAAUCGCUCAAGAUGACAACUAUAUACACACAUAACCACUUCCGGUUGGGCGUUCAGAGUGAACAGAUUGAAAUUCUCAGUGGAUAUUUCCAAAAAUUAAAUUAUCGUUCAAAAUUGUCGUGAAAAAUCAAAUAAGAAAUUAAAAUAUUGUUAAAUAGUUGUGUGAGGUGCAGGGAAAAUUAUUAUUGUUAAAUAAAGUUGGUGGAUUGUGUCAAGAAAAUUGGAUUUUCCUUCCACCGCGUUGCGGACCGUGUUGCAUCAUCCUCAUCGGCUUUGGGGCGCUAUUUCUCCGGCUGCUGCAAUCGACAAAAUUUCUGGCCUUCGCGCCGGACCAAGGACCAAGGAUUAAUUAUCUUUUUACCUGUAUAUUUCAAGGUGAGAAGGGGGAUCAUUGUGGAGAAGCUUUGGAGGAGCUUUUGGGCUGAAGGAGUGAGGAGGCAAUUCUAAUUCUUUUUCUUUUCCGACUACACUUUACAAAGGUGCGAAUAUCAGAGCUUGUGAGGGGCGAAUCAGUAGUGAGAAGAGAGGCACAUUUCUUUAUCUUAAUUAUUUCUUUCUUUCAACACAAAUCUCAAAGGUACGUGUGACAUAAUUUCUGGUCGUCUUCGAGCCUUCAUUGGGAAGGAAUCAGCUAGAGCUCGCAACCAUGAUCUUCAGGCAGAGAGGUGGCAUUGUUUCAACCAUCACCCGCAUUGAGGGAUUAGUGAAUGGCCUCACCGAAUCAGAAAUACCCCUCCUGGGGACACGUGAGGUCCUGGAAUCCCAGUUGAGGCUUGUGGGGCAAAUGAGAAACAAGUUUCUGGUGGUGCAAACAACAAUCAUCACUGAUCAAAAGGAUGAGGAGAAAAAGAAGACUGAAGUGGAGUACCAAAAGGAAAUUCUCGACAGGUGUGAUGCGCUUACACUCAACAUCACAUCUAUGCUUCAACAGGCCCCUUCUGAUCCAGCUGGUGAGUCCAAAUCAGAUUUAUGCGAUUUCAUGCGCGAGAUUAUGCAACAGAAUCAAAAAUACAUGAUGGACCUUGUGAAUGCCCUCUCACAUGGCCAAGGAAGUGGCCAAAUCCCCAAUUAUCAUCCUCCUACCGUCACGAAAUUGCCCCAAAUACAGCUCCCAGCGUUUGAUGGAAAAUAUAGCGACUGGCUAUCAUUUAGAGACCGAUUUCAAUCCUCCGUUAUUGACCACCCCGCCCUGUCUGAUGUACAGAAGCUUGAUUAUCUAAAGUCUGCCCUCACCUCCCACGCUGCCUCCACAAUCAAGCACCUGAGUACCACCGCAACAAAUUUUCCUAUCGCAUGGGACCUCUUAGUGCAACGAUUUGAACGGAAAAAUGAAAUUGUUGCUGACCACAUUCGAUCCCUUUAUUCCAUCCCCCGUGUGAGUUCAUCCGACACCCAAGCCAUGCACCAAGUCUACAACACCCUGUCUGAAAGUGUGAUGGCCCUAGAUGCAAUGGAGAUUACAGGAAGAGAUCCAUGGAUUGUCCAAUUUGUGCUAGAUAAAUUGGAUACCGAAUCAAAGGUGUUAUGGGGACGCGAAUGUGGAACUGAUGUGCCCUCUUUACCCAUGUUCAAGAAGUUUCUUAUGCAGAGAUGUGUUGAUGCCCAAAAUUCCACUGAGAAUCCUACCACUGAGAACGACAGCCCUACCCCAAGAAACCAAAGGUUUGCCAAAUCAAAUGUUCACCAACGCCAACUUGCUGUAACCCAAUCGGAAGCUCCCAAACCAAACUGUCAAUGCUGUGCACAGGCCCUACAUCCUUUGUACAGAUGUCCAAAGUUCUUGUCGAUGUCCGCCUUCGAGAGAUAUGAUGUGGUUAAACGCCUUGGCCUUUGUAGAAACUGCCUAGAUCCUCACAUGACCAACAGCUGUACCUUCCGAGUAUGCCGAAAAUGCCAAGGCAAACACAACAUUCUUCUCCACGAAAAGUUUGUCAAUGAAACCAAUCCAACCAAUCCAACCAAUCCGCCCAAUCCAUCCGUUCCUACAACACCACCAAACCCAACGACCCAGAAUGUAAGCGAACCCUCGCCUCCAAAUUCCGCGUCUCUGGUGGGGGUUGCUUCUGCCCAGAGAACUCGAGUAUAUUUGAUGACCGCCAGGGUAGAUGUACUUGAUGUUGAUGGGAGAAGAGUUCCGUGCCGUCUGCUUCUCGAUGGAGGAGCGGAAGUGAAUGUCAUCACCAGUGAGCUUGCCCAGAAGCUCAGAAUCCCAAAACGCCAAUCCAAUGUUGCAGUUGUUGGGGUGGGAGGUCACCAGACCAAGAUUCGCCACCAAAUGACUGCCACCAUUUGCUCCCAAAUAUCUGAACACACCUUCACAUUUGAAUGCCAGGUCAUGCCCAAGGCCACGGGCAACAUACCUGGCUGGAUCACCGACAAAAUGCAGUACGACAUUCCACAACAUGUGACCCUCGCUGAUCCGCUUUGGGCUGACCAGAAGCCCAUUGAUAUCAUCGUUGGUGGAGAUGUCUUCUGGUUUAGUCUCCUCACAAAUGUGAUUUCUCUUGGCCCAGGAAUGCCCCAUUUGAGAGAGACUGUCUUUGGGUAUGCCAUUGUGGGGGAACAACACUCUGUGCCUACCAACGGGGGCGUUGUUUGCCAUACUACCACAUCAACAUUGGAAAAUACCUCAGAGGGAUUGCAAAACAAUAUUUCAGUUACCCAUGAGACAGAAUUCGCGGAAGGGAAUGUCGUCGAUACACAUUCAUGCACACCAGAAGAUAGAUUUUCCGUGAAUUUGCCCUACAAAGGAAAUCCCGUGCUUGGAGAAUCUCAUUGUCAAGUAAUUUCCCACUUACCACAAGAAGUCCCAUCCAAUGCUUGCACGGAAGUCACUCAGCAUCAGUGUGAGGCGAAGUUCUUGCUGAUCGAAGCAACUGUCCAGGAAGAUUCAGAUGCAAUUUCACUAAAGAAGGAUGACUCCAAUUGCGUCCAUUUGUGGAAAUCUGUGCCCAAGGCAAAUGAGACGCAACCUCAAAUGAAUCCAGGCGAUGAUGCUAAAUCCAUCCAACAACAUUUUCCCAGGAAUCGCGGGAAUAUUGCCUCAGGAUUGUUCUGGGAUUCCAUUCCGGAAAAGUGUCUCCUUUCUUCUCUUCUGGACGGCACCCAGGAGGUGGAAAUCAAGCGUAGUAUAGCAACCAUCGUCUCAAAGUUGAGGAUCCCUUGGAAUGUGAGUCCGCCUGGGAAUGUUAUUCAAGCGCGAAAUGGCUGUUCUCAGGAAUUGUUGCAUCCGGCCUUGUUCAAACCACCUUGGUGGAUUCCAUGCUUCACCCUUCCAGUCACAGCUGAUCUUUUGUGUUGUGAUCCAAAUGUUAAAGCCUACGGAAGAAAAACUUACGCUACAAUGCUCAACGAAAACUACAUGACACUCUUCAUAUCCAAUUCCAAAGCAAACCCUGCACAUUUCAUACCCCGGGGAGUAUUUUCAUCCAAAUUCCGGGGCAAUGAUUUGUGGUUGAAGAUUCUAAACUGGCCUGUUAAACCUCCAAAGUGUUGGUCAGUCCCAUUCAUUGAUUAUCCAAGGAGAAUUGUAGCACAAUGCUGGAACCUAAUCCAUCGAUUUCAUACGGUGAACUACUCCGGAUUCAUAGUGCUGCGGAUUGUUAGAAAACUCUUGAAGGCACUUGUGAGAAAACACCCAAAUUUGUUGUCAAAGAAUCUGAUCAUUCUGCCCAUUCCCAAAAAUAACCUCAAGUUGUUCAACAUACUGCCGACCCUGACAUCUGUGUGUGUUGAGUGCAUAAGGUUUGCAACCCGGGGAGGUGUGGAAAAGGUGGAACACAAGAUCAUUCAUACCUUCAUCAAAGCGAGAAUUUAUGCGACGCAUUCCGGACUUCAUACAUUUCACACUCAGCAUGAGGAUUCUGGACUUCCUUUCGGUAGUCCAGCCCGGGGAGAAUGUUGCGGCCGCAAGUUAAAUUCCGUUAAAUUUCACCCAAUCAAAUUUGAAAAUAUUCAUCGCCCCCUUCCAUGAUCUCAGCGCCAAGAUCAACUCUACCGGAUUUUGAUGUCAUAUUGAGCAAUCGCUCAAGAUGACAACUAUAUACACACAUAACCACUUCCGGUUGGGCGUUCAGAGUGAACAGAUUGAAAUUCUCAGUGGAUAUUUCCAAAAAUUAAAUUAUCGUUCAAAAUUGUCGUGAAAAAUCAAAUAAGAAAUUAAAAUAUUGUUAAAUAGUUGUGUGAGGUGCAGGGAAAAUUAUUAUUGUUAAAUAAAGUUGGUGGAUUGUGUCAAGAAAAUUGGAUUUUCCUUCCACCGCGUUGCGGACCGUGUUGCAUCAUCCUCAUCGGCUUUGGGGCGCUAUUUCUCCGGCUGCUGCAAUCGACAAAAUUUCUGGCCUUCGCGCCGGACCAAGGACCAAGGAUUAAUUAUCUUUUUACCUGUAUAUUUCAAGGUGCGAAUAUCAGAGCUUGUGAGGGGCGAAUCAGUAGUGAGAAGAGAGGCACAUUUCUUUAUCUUAAUUAUUUCUUUCUUUCAACACAAAUCUCAAAGGUACGUGUGA